AGCAGCCUUCACCAGAAAGGCAAGCCACACAGAGUUACCGCUAAAGAAGCUGCAGAGGGAUUUAUUCAGUGAUAUUAAUGGGAAGUUAAGUGGAAGGAAAAAAUGUUUAAAAAGAAGGAAAAGCUGCAACGACACAACGCAAAAGGAGCCCAAACCAACCAUCGGCGGCAUAAUUACUCAUAUCCCUGGCAGACAUGGAGCUCAGCAUUAAAGAUAAAAGGUCAAAAGAUCAGUGAAAUUUUUAUUUUCCGAGAACAAUUAUGCCACAAUCAUCACAAUUAUCAGAAAUAAACAUUAGAAAUAUAUGACUGCCUGUGUUAUUGACUUGAACUAAAGCAACUUUCUGAUAACAUUUGGAUUUAUUUGAGGAAUAUUUGGUCAAAUAAAGUUUAUACCGACUCCAUGCUAUUGUAAAACACAUUACUAUACAGAGUAUCUUUUAUUAUUAUUAUUAUUAAAAGCGUAGCGACAAUCUCCAACCAGAACCGAGCCCUGGACAGUGGUAGAUGGGCCCGUUUUCAUCCGGCUGACCCCGCCUCUGGUAAAUGCAGGGGCGCUCCAUGUGACGCUGGGGCUGUAACAAAAAUCCAGUAUGGCGGAAUCUGUCAGGAGAUGAAUUUUCUUUCCCCGUCCGCGCCCCCCCACCCCCCGUCGGAGUCUCUAACAUGGGAGAGAAAUAAAAGGCAAACCGAGCGGGACACACGUCGGGACGCCUGGCCCUCCGCCUGGCCGGUGUUAGGUUGAUGCUGAUGCUAGACAGCGUGCUGCCUCUUUAAGUGCAGUAGCCACAUCAUUAGGCUAAUGGAGAUUGGCUGCUGCUGCUGCUGGACGCCUGCUUCCAGUUUCCUGUUCGACCGUCCGGAGCGUUGGAUCAGCCCGAGCUCGCAUUUAAGCGGACACUCCCAGACGCCCUUAGUUUUGGCAGGAUAACGGCCUCCCUGUGAAUAAUACUUGCAUUACACAAGGACACGCACACACACACACACACACACACACACACACACACGAAUGUUCACAUCUGUUCUGCAGUACAAAAACAAACACACACACAUAAACAUAACGAGCCGGCUGCUCGGUUCGCUGAACUGCGUGGGAACCAACCUGACAGAGAUGACAUCAAAGAGCCACCAAGAGGGAAUCCUGGGGAAGGAGCAGUCGCUCGAGGUCCUCAAGACGUCGGCGCUCAACCACAUCCCAACAGUGGACAUUAACUCUGCGCUGCCCCUGCGUCUGCCCCCUGCUGCCAUCCCCAUGGACCUGCGUGUGGACCACCACCACCACCAGCAGCAGCACCAGCAGGUGUCGUCGCUCUCCCCGACGGGCCAGCUCUCACCCAGCUCCCUGGGAGGAUCUGGUGGCGGUGGCGGUGGUGGCGGUGGCGGUGUGGUGGCGGCCUCGGUGCGCGAGCAGCAGCUGCAGCAGGAGCUGCUGGCCCUGAAGCAGAAGCAGCAGAUCCAGAGGCAGAUCCUGAUCGCCGAGUUCCAGCGGCAGCACGAGCAGCUGUCCCGCCAGCAUGAGGCCCAGCUCCAGGAGCACAUUAAGCAGCAACAGGAGCUGCUGGCCCUGAAGCACCAGCAGGAGUUGCUGGAGCACCAGAGGAAGAUGGAGAACCACCGGCUGGAGCAGGAGCUGGAGAAGCAGCAGAGGGAGCAGAAGCUGCAGCUGCUGAAGAACAAGGAGCGGGGCCAGGAGAGUGCCGUGGCCAGCACCGAGGUGAAGAUGCGUCUGCAGGAGUUCGUCCUGAACAAAAAGAAGGCGCUGGCCCAGCGGAGCCUCAACCAGGGCGGCCUCCCCAACGACGCCCCCUACUGGUACCGAAAAACCCAGCAUAGCUCUCUGGACCAGAGCUCGCCUCCACAAACCACAGUGUCCACCUACAAUCACCCGGUGCUGGGCGUCUACAACCCUCGGGACGACUUCCCGCUGCGAAAGACUGCCUCGGAGCCCAACCUGAAGCUGCGCUCCCGGCUGAAGCAGAAAGUGAGCGAGCGCCGCAGCAGCCCGCUGCUCCGCCGCAGAGACAGCCCCAUCACUACGGCCAAGAAGCGUUCCCUCGACAUGGCGGACUCGGCGUGCAGCAGUGCCCCCGGCUCCGGCCCCAGCUCCCCGAACAACAGCUCCAACAACAUCCCCAACGAGAACGGCAUCACUGUGUCCGUCUCCAACAACAUGGAGGCGUCUCUGGCCCAGCGGCUGUGCGGCGGCGAUCAGGGCUCCAUCAACCAGCUGUCCCUCUACACCUCGCCGUCCCUCCCCAACAUCACCUUGGGGCUGCCCGCCACUGCCACAGCCACCGCUGCCUCCAACGUGACUUCCGCUCAGCAGGAUGCAGGCCUGCAACCAGCCCUCUCCCUGAGCCCCCCCUUCCUUUCCGGUGGCCAUUUGAGCCCCUACCUCGCAGACGGCGGGUCCGGUGGCCAUGGCGCUCACAGCCCCCUGCUGCAGCACAUGGUUCUGAUGGACCAGAGUCCCGCUCAGAGCCCGCUGGUGACAGGCGUCAGCGGCAUGUCCAUGUCGUCGGCCUCCAUGGCCAAGCUGCAGCGGCAGCACCGGCCCCUGGGGCGGACCCAGUCGGCGCCGCUGCCCCAGGGGAGCGCCGCCCAGGCCCACGCUCAGGCCCUGGCCCUGCAGCAGCUGGUGGUGCAGCAGCAGCACCAGCAGUUCCUGGAGAAGCACAAGCAGCAGUUCCAGCAGCAGCAGCUCCACCUCAACAAGAUGAUGGGGAAGCCUGGCGAGUCGCCCGUGGGUCGGCAGCACCAGAGCCACCCGGAGGAGACGGAGGAGGAGCUGAGGGAGCACCAGGACGCCGGGGCCCUGCCGCCCGGGGUCACCAUCAAGCAGGAGCCGCCGGACCCACAGGAGCUGCAGGAGCUGCAGGAGGAGGUGCUGCAGCAGCACCGCGAGCGCGAGCAGGAGCUGCUCUUCAGACAGCAGGCUCUGCUGUUGGAGCAGCAGCGGAUUCACCAGCUGAGGAACUACCAGGCGUCCAUGGAGGCCGCCGGCAUGACCAUGUCCUUCCCCGGACACAGACCCCUGUCCAGGGCGCAGUCGUCUCCGGCCUCGGCGUCGUCCUUCCCCAUCAGCGUCCCCUCGCAGGAUCCUCCCGCCAAGCCUCGCUUCACCACAGGCCUUGUGUACGACUCCCUGAUGCAGAAGCACCAGUGCAUGUGCGGAAACACCAACAGCCAUCCGGAGCACGCCGGGCGCAUCCAGAGCAUCUGGUCCCGGCUGCAGGAGACCGGACUCCGAGCUCAGUGCGAGUGUAUCCGUGGGAGAAAGGCCACUCUGGAGGAGCUGCAGACGGUCCACUCCGAAGCCCACGUCCUGCUGUACGGGACCAACCCACUCCGGCAGAAACUCGACUGUUCCAUAACACCCAUGUUCGUUCGGCUGCCGUGCGGAGGAGUGGGGGUGGACAGCGACACCAUCUGGAACGAGGUCCACUCGUCCAGCGCGGCGCGGCUCGCCGUCGGCUCCGUCGUGGAGCUGGUCUUCAAGGUGGCAACUGGAGAGCUAAAGAACGGUUUUGCGGUGGUCCGCCCUCCUGGACACCACGCCGAGGAAAGCACCCCCAUGGGCUUCUGCUACUUCAACUCGGUGGCCAUCGCAGCCAAACUGCUGCAGCAGAGACUCAGCGUCAGCAAGAUCCUCAUCGUGGACUGGGAUGUUCACCAUGGCAACGGCACCCAGCAGGCUUUCUACGACGACCCUAAUGUCCUCUACGUCUCUAUCCAUCGCUACGAUGACGGCAACUUUUUUCCAGGAAGUGGAGCGCCCGAUGAGGUGGGGAGCGGUCCAGGGGUGGGCUUUAAUGUCAAUGUGGCCUUCACUGGGGGCCUGGACCCCCCCAUGGGAGACGCAGAAUACCUGGCUGCCUUCAGGUCUGUGGUGAUGCCGAUAGCCGACGAGUUCGCUCCGGACAUCGUGCUCGUCUCCUCCGGCUUUGACGCCGUGGAGGGACACCCCCCACCGCUGGGCGGCUACACCCUGACCUCCAAAUGUUUUGGGUAUCUGACCAGGCAGCUGAUGACCCUCGCUGGAGGCCGGGUGGUCCUGGCGUUGGAGGGAGGUCACGACCUCACCGCCAUCUGUGACGCCUCUGAGGCCUGCGUUGCUGCCCUGCUCGGACAGGAGCUGGAUCCGCUUCCAAAGGCCAUCCUGGAGCAGAGGCCCAACCCCAAUGCCGUGCGUUCUCUGGAGAAAGUCAUAGAGACUCACAGUAAGUACUGGCGCUCGGUGCAUCGCUACUCAUCGCGGCUGGGGCUCUCUCUGCUGGAGGCCAAGCGAGGCGACUCGGAGGAGGCCGAGGCCGUCAGCGCCAUGGCGUCUCUGUCCGUCGCCAACACCAACACCAUGGAUCAAAGCAGGGCGGAGGAGGAGCCCAUGGAGGAGGAGGCUCCGCUGUAACUGAGGCAGGCGUCAGGGCGUUGCAGUGUUGCCAUUGACCUCUCCGGAGAAGAGCCUCGGCUGACCCCUUCAUUUAGUCGCCCCCGACCCCACUCACCACGUCAGUCACCUUGACUGGCAAUCCCUCGGUCUAAAAUGAGGGAGGGGGAGGGGGGCGGGCUCAGCCUCAGCGUAGGGAGCCAAUCAGAAGACAGAGGACUGAACUGAAAUGGGAGGAAAAAAAUAAAAUAACAAAACUUAACGGCGUUGCUUAGCAGCACUCGUUUAGAGACACUCAUUGUUUUUUCUGUCAGUCUUCGCACCUUGGCAUCGGCCCACAGCGGCCGACUGUGCGAUCACCCGGCAGGGGGGUCGAGGUCGGAUCUUAUCGCAGAAAGGAAAGGUGUGCCGUCACACUCGGUGCUUUGCGCAGCUGCCCUCUCUGACCGCAUUCAGUCGAGAAAGCAGGGACAGCAGACGAUCCCGACUGUCCUGGAGCAGCUCGGGAGGGGUGUGGGGUGGGAGGGUUGUGGGGUUUGUGGGGGUGUUUGUUUCUCUUCUCUUAACUUCGUUCCCCACUAAACAAGGGGAACGCUGCGGCAUCUGGGAGGACUUUUUUUUUUUUUUAACGUGCCGCACUCACUGUGGAUUCGCCGUCGUCCGAGGAAGGCUUUCGCAAAAGAUUUCGACGGCUGAGACAGUCGCCUCGCUGGAGCAGCCUGCCGUCGAAGGUUGACGAGUGAGAGGAGUGCCUUGGAGGGAUGGGGGUUGGGGUCCGCCUGUUUUCAGGAUUGUUCAGGAAAAAGAUUGCCUUAAGUUUAACCGUUUCUCCCACCGAGGAAUUGGUGCGAGGAAGGAGACGGGGGAAUGAGGCGGGGAACGACGAAAAAAAAAAAAGCUAACAAUCUUUCAGCAUGUUUACUUAGAAAGUGAUGGAGAUGGCAUUUAUGUCUCCGACGGCCUCUCUUGAAGAGUUACUUUACUUUUUUGAUGGAUCUAUUUUUCUGUAAAAAAGUUUAAAAGAGAGGGAGAGAGAGAAAGAAACUGUUUUGUAAAAAGGUAGUUGCCAGCUUCUUUAGACAACGGUGCAAACACCGAGAAAAGGAAUCGGAUCGCGAACUCUCACAACAGUUUAGCCUUUGAUGUAGCCUCCCUUUAAGAGUCAGCGCUUUUUGCAGAACAAUUUGCAGAGCAUGCAUUUUAAGCAGAUUUUAACGAAUGUUGCCCAAAAGAGAAAGGCGAGCAAGAAAAAAGGAAAAAAAGAAGAAAAAAAAAAAAGCCAAAGCAUGAGUUUGCAUUUUUACCGUUCUCUUAACUGGAAAGGGCGAGUCGACAUGCAACGUUUCACAUAUUGGCCCUUUAACCCUCUAUGGUAUGCAUUAUGAUGCCAGUUAGGGGACAAAAACAAUGUCUGGAGUUUAGUUUUUUUUUUUUGUUGUUUUUUAAUUAGUCUUAAAUCACACAAGCAAAUUGUAUCAGUUCGCAAUUAAGUGAACGUCAUCAUAAAUUUGGUUGCAUUUUUACAAUUAAUAAAGAUAAUUUCGAUAUUUGUAACCACAAAACAACGAACAAAAGCAAUAGAAAUCUUUUUCAGUUCUUACUUUGUUUUUGUUUUGUUUUUUUACAUUUGGUGCUCCACCCCCCCCCCCUUCUGUAGCCGCCCUAGGCAUCUGCCCACACGGCAAAAAAAAAAAAAAAAAAAAAAAGUUAAUAUAAAAAAUUCCCCCCAAAACAAGUUUGAAAUAAGCUUUUCUUGAAGUUAUUUGACCAAUCAAAGCACUCUUAUUGGUUCCUGUGGUCUUUUGUCUGUGCUUAAAGUAUUGCAUCAUGUAAAGCGGUGCCUUUCGGAGCUCUGGCUGGCCAACAUGGUACCAUAGAGGGGGGCGGCAAAGCUCAAAAUACCCGGUCCAACGUUUACUGAUUUAAUCCGCCUCGGAUCAGGUGAGCGUUUCUUCUUUACGCGUGCUGAUCGAAAGGUUGGCAACUACCUUAAUGUGAGCUUCACACCAGUCGUGUAUAUUUAACUGAAUAUAUUUUGACCGUAAUCCAAGUAUUGUCGGUUUUGUAUCUACGUGUUUGAGUUUCCGCAUCGAUGUUGUCGAUUUUAUGAUAUCAGAAACGUGUUCAGUUCAGCGAGUCCACUUUUGUUUUCUUUUUUUAUCGUGCAAGAUUAUUUUUCUAACAUCUUGUUUUUUUUCAUGCAUAGGUUUCGUUGUGUUUUGUUUUCAUCCAUUUUGGGUUUUUUUCUGGAUAGAUAUAGGGCUGCGUUCAUGUACUUUCAGUGCUGUUGUCGUUUAUUCUUUCUUGUAUUUAUGGAAAACGAGGAAAAACACUUCCUUUCUUCCUUUCUUUCUUUCUUCCUACGGCUCUCGAAGCCUUUUUCAGCAUUUUCAUCAACUAUGUAUUUAUAACAUGUACUGUUUAUAGGAGAUUUGUAUAUGGAAACUUUAUAAAUGUACUCUUACCUUAUGACAGCUAUGAUAUUGUGAGCAAAAAAAAAAACCUAGUACGGUGUACAAACAGCGUAUUGAACUCGUCAUCGACUGCACUGUUUUUCAAGCGGCCCUCCGGCCGAAUCGCAGCACGGCACCGCAGUCGACUUUGACGCGUUUCAUCACUUCGUUGCCUCAUCAGUUCAUCCUCCUCCCGCGCACGGGAUGAUGUUCACCAGACGUUUCGAGGCCGUUUUCACGUAGCUCCCCACGGCUCAAAACGGCGAAGAAGAAGAAACCGACUUGCCGCAGCUUUAACCGGACGUUUACGUACACUGGAUUGAAAAAAAA